CAGCUGUAAAAGUCAUAUACAGGCUCCAACCUUCAACACAUUAAACAACUUUUUUCCUAGCUGUGUUAAAACAAUAAGAGAGGACAUCACAGCUCGUCUUACCUGCACAGAAUCUCCGCCGCGCAGCUUCCUCUUCAGGUGUGUCCCAUCAAUUAAAGCCCCACUCCUACAACAGGUAGGCUCAUGCGGAACAAAAGAACCUGUCUGCAAAUUCGCAACAGGUUAAAGGCAGAGCCGGCCCAAGGCAUUAGCGAACUAAGCGCCUGUUUAGGGCCCCACGGCCAAUAGGGGGCCCCCAAGAGCAAUACAAGAGCAAUAUACUAUACAUAAUUUUUUGCAUGUAUGAGUGAUGCUUUCUGUAUGAUCAAAUAUAUUUAUAUAAGUGCAAUAUUACCAACGUUACUGCUGCUGUGUUGAUUAUUAUAUCCUUAACCUGUGCAAUACAUGUCCAUAUAAAAAAUUUACAUAUAUACAUAUAUCCUACUGCUGUACAUGUUCAUUGAUAUGCAUGUCCUAACUUCUAAAUAAAUAAAUAAAAUAAAAAAUAUAUAUUUAUUUUUGAUAAUUCUCUUUAGUAAUAAUCUUUCAAUUUUAUUCCUAUACAUACGUUUUAUUUUAAUGUUCUGUACAAUUCUUGUCUUGUAUAUAUAGUACCUUAUUUUUUACGACUAUUUGUACUUUUACUACCUUAUUUUUACUUGUCUAUUGCACUGGAAAAGAAGAAGCUCUCCAAUCUCGUUGUACUUUAAGUAUGAUGACAAUAAAGGACUUUCUGAUUUUCUGAUUCUGCAUUGGUAUUAUUUAUGUUUUUACCUAGGCCACCCCCUCAAAUGUGUAAAGACAUGUCAGGCGCAUUAAAUCUAUACUUAAGUAGGUGUGUGAAUUAUCAACAAUCAAUAUUAUUGGCAGAAAUAGAGGGCCCCAGAUUAAAUUUUGCUUAGGACCCCAUUGAGGCUUAGUUAGACAACUCCAUAUUUACUGUUUCAACUAGGUGUAAAACAGUAACACUAAGAGUUAAAAUUAUAAUAUAAUCGAUACAAACAUCAAAAUAACUUGUUUUUGUCUCGCCAGUCAUGAUAUUUUUGGUACAGCCAUUUUUCAUAACUCUAACCCACCCAAUGUUUAUUGUUGUGGCGAUGAACAUAAAGAGAACGAGUCUACACCGAACUGACCAAUGAGAACGACAGAACAGUUGGAUUGACAUCUGCUCUAGCCAAUGAGAUCGCCUGAAUGAAAGUGUUUAUACCAGCCCUCAUUCCCGUACAAGGCGACUGUUUUGGUGAGUUAAGGAAAGUUCAUUGAAAUAAUUUGGGGCUUUUAAAGCAUCGACUUUGAUCAAUUUGAGCACAAUUUGAAUGAUUUCCCCUUAAAGUCGGCUUUAGAGUCGCGGUGUGUGACUGACAACGUGUAUAUUUGUCAGUUAAAGCAGUUUCGCUCCUCUCUCAGUAAAGCUUCAUUGUUGACGUUAGCGGACUGUUGUUUUGUUGUUACUGCAUUUGCGCAACAGAAAGCCUCGUCCAUUUUACUCAAUGUAAUCUCACUUUUAAAACUCCCUUCACCUUGUAUUUACUCUCCUUUUUCGUGUAAAGUUAGUUUAGCUGCGCUUUCUACUCGUUUUCGUCGACGGUACUUUUGUUUCGUGACAACAUAUUGACGCCUCCUUUUUUCAACUUUUAUGGUGUUUGACAAACUCGGUAUCAAGAGCGUCGAUAAUAAAACAACAGUGGGUGAAGUCCGUGUGGUUAGAGUGGGUUUUGAGCCGUUAAAUUGUCGUGUAUUAUCGCCGUCCUUAUAUUGAAUGAAUGGGCUUUUUAUGCGCAUGCGUGCAGGAUACCAAAGUUUAUAAACAAGAGGGAGUCACAUGAUGCGAGUAUUGUGAAAUAGAUAAGAGUGAAACAUGUCCUCCUUAUAUAAAGACGCUCUCACAUCCACAGAAACAAUGAACUGAUAAACUGAGGAGCUUGGAGGAUGUGUCCGAACUGAGCUGAACUAUUAGAUAAUAAGACUUAACCCUGUUUUACCCCGAGUCUCCUUAGAUCACCCCAACUAUUUAAAGCCUACACAUUACAGCCCCAGGAAGGAUUCAGUGUCUGUGUGUGCAUAUGUGCAGGUGGUUACUUUUUCAGUUUACCAGCUACUUAUUAUAGGGGAGAGCGGGGUAAGUUGAACCAUCCCCUGUUGCUUGGAAAUGGAAAAAGAAAUUGAUCAUGUGACCAAAUAUUUAAGAGAUGGGCAUCAAUUUAUGGAGUAUGUGGUGGUUAGAAGCAUAUAGGUGAAGGGGUUAGACAUUUAUUUACAAAAAAAUAAACAUUUUUCACUCUUGAAAGUGAAUUUAGUCUGUUGUAAAUUUGAUUAGAGUUGUGUUCAGACCAAAAAAGAUCAUUUUAAAAUGUGUUUUAUCAUCAAUUGUGUUAUCUAUGAGCGACAACAUGAGGUCAAAUACCUAGAACAAAAGUCCACCAUUUUAUCUUAGCUCAGGGGUGUCAAACUCAACCACAACGAGGGCCAUAGUCUGUAUUUAGGUCUAAUCCGAGGGCCAAACAUGAUAGAUAUUCCACGUGGACUUAAUCUGCUAUCUGCAUGUUCCAGGGACUGCGGACAUCAUGGUUUGGGAGGUGGUGACCCCUAAACAUCAGCCUGUACUGGACUCUGAGCAUCAGGGUGAACUCACAGGUAAUAGGCAAUAAAAGUCAACAUUACAGCAGCAGAGGAAGAAAUAUGCAGACUUUAAUUUCACUAUAUGAGGUCAGAUUUUAAAAAAAAAAAGACAUGAUACUGAACUCCAAUAUAUAAUUUCUUUAGCCAGAUCCUCCUGGCCUAGUCAAGAGCCUUCCAAACUCUGAGUAUGUCUGCAGUACAAAUCCCUGGAUGCUUUAAUUUUUAGCCACAUAGAGUUUACCUAAGCUUAUCUAUAACAAUAUCCAAGCAGCCGUAAAGAUUGAAGAGGUUAUCAAACACUGACAUAAUUAAGGACAAGUUAGCAGUAGAUCCUGAGAGUUUAGUCAAGAUCCUACACCUCUCUGACCCUAAAUUAGGAGUGAAAAUGUAGGUUUCACUAAUUUUGUUUGUUUUCUUUGACCUCUUCAGAAGUGAUGAUGGAUGCUGACAUAGACCAGUCACAUGACCUAAUCUGCUUUGAGGAACACCUCCCGUCCUCACCUGGAUUCCCCACCAGUGACAGUCACAUGGAAUACGGUACAUCGCAUGGAACGAUGGAGCAUCAUACCUGCUCAUAAUAACAACAGAUCUUCCUGACACUCUUUUUCUUUCUAUCCCUAGACGACCUCCCAGAUCUGCAGGAGGUCCAGGAGGAGGUGGAACAAGCGGCGCCGCCUGUGUACCAGGUGGACGUGGGUGUUUCCCACCUGGAACAAAGUGCACACGCUCAGCCUCCUGACACACACUGGCUGACACAGCUCGCUCAUAUUGCCACAGGGCCUCAGAGCCCACUGCUGCAAAACUCUCUCCACAGCAGGUGGGUGCACAUCCAUCCCGUUCCUUGGUCGGCAACAUUCACCUCUCGAUUGAGUGUCUAACUCGGUGUUACAGUGUGUUUGACCCUACCUUAAUUUUACGCCAGAAUAUCCCUUUAAACCACUCCCUCUUUUCAUUUCAGCUCCUCGUCUGUCUGCGUCUCCAGCACCAGCAGUAAUCUACAUUCCUACGCUCGACCUCCUCCCUCUCCUCCCAGCAGCAUGUCGCCCCCUAGAGGCCAUGGCAGGGAGCGCCGGCGCAGCAGGGUACAGCUUAUGUUUGUCUUUGCGAGCUUUGUGUCUAAUGUUAAUGUCAACUUACUAGAUAUCUUUUGUUAAUAUACAUAGACGGUAUAAAAAGAUCAGUGGUGUAUGAAGAACCUAAAAACCAUACUUGAUUAAAACGCGUCCAGAAAGUGACCUUGGUGGAGCUACUUAGCUUUUGAUUGGCUCUGAUAGUGAAGCUGUCAUGUCAUCUUAUUAAAUCUGUAACUAUACUGUUGUUUGUAUCUUCCUGGAGGGUCCAUGUCUCUUUAUUGAUAAGUAAUAUUGGGUUAUGAUGAGCAGAAAGGAUAUGAUGUAGUUUGUUUUAUUAUUGUAUUAUUCCUCUCUUCAUGCGUCACCAGAAGAGCAGCGAAUGUGGAUCUGCGGUGUCAACCAGAUCCUCCCUCUCUGAAGAUGAGGACAUGGGAUGGAGCUUCUCCUGGCCCCCCACAGCCUGGCAUUGUUUCCUCAAAGGUGGCCGCACUCACACACCAGAGCGCUUUAAAAACAUGGUUUCAUGUGUUUUGGUCAAAAAUAGGAAAUAGAGCGUCUAUUCUCUUCCCUCAGGCACUCAUCUGCGUUUCCACAGCAGCUCUAAUGUGGAGUGGCAGGACAUUGAAGACCUGGAUUACGUGGUGGAGGAUGAUUCUGGCGAUGAGGGCCGAUCCAGAUCUCUGAAGGUGCAUUAUGCAGGAAGCUUCAGUCUGUCUGCACUAAAACUGUCAGACUUUGGAGAACACCGUGUUCUUCUUCAAUCGUCUCCAUCUGGAGCUCUUCUGGUUUUUAAAGCUGCUCUCUCUGUUCGCUCGGCUCAGUGCUGUAUUUUUAUUCCAGUUACAGCAACAAUCUGUUUAAUUUAUGCCUCUGGAAAACUUAAAAAUGAGGACAGCUCUCUGACGAGUGUUACAAUAACAGAUUAACUGAUGUGUGUUGAAAUGCAAACAAAACAAAAACCCUCGAGAAUGACGAUUUUGCUCGUUUUCAGAGUUAUGGCUCAGAGGGUCUGCAGUUGGUGGAGCAUUCAGAGAUCGUGGUGUCAGGUCAGGCAGUGCUGCAGCUGACCUUUGACCCUGGAGCAUUCGGCAACACCCCUUUGACCGUCCGCUGCCAACUUGAGCAUCCUUUCUACGUCAAAAACAAAGGUGUGAAACUGAGACGAAAUGAGAGAUGAUUAGAAAUCAAAAUGAUGUUUGUUUAUUAACUUUCUGUGUCAUUUCCUGUCAGGGUGGUCAUCUUUUUAUCCAAGCCUGACUGUGGUGCGUCAUGGGAUACCGUGCUAUGAAAUGGAGGUGGGCGGUGUGUGCCUUCCUCCAGGGCACAGAGAUGCGAAACACACCGACAGCUCGCUGGUCUUUGACACAUUCAGGAGGUAAAACUCAUGAACAGUAAACUAAACUACAAAAACAUUUGACUGCUGAGAAGAGUCAUGACCUUUUUUGUUCUUCUCAGUUACGAUUUUACUCCUCUGGACUCCUCUGCGGUCUACGUGUUGAGCAGCAUGGCCAGGCGGAGACGCACAUCCCAGUCCAGCGGGGGAGCUGUUUCUCCAGACAGAGGUACAUCACAGGGUAUUAAAGGGAUACUCACCUACUCUCUUCCAGCAGCCGCUUGUUUGUAGCGAGAUCUUAGGCCAGUCCAUUACGGACUACAGCGGGGUGUCGCAGCUCAAGGAAGAACAUUUAUGAUCAUUUCUUCAUGGAAAUACAAUCAGACCGAGACCCUAAGGCAGACGAACUACCGCGUCUGCAGGACAAAAUCAUUAAUAUGGUGAUUAUUACUUUAAGGAAAUGAUAAAGAAAUGAUCAUAAAUGUUCUUCCUUGAGCUGCGACACCCCACUGUAGUUCGUAAUGGACUGGCCUUAAAUCUCACUACAAACAAGCAGCUGCUGGAAGAGAGUAGGUGAGUUGUGUUUAGUCUCUUUGCUAAAGAAAUCUGGGACCCUAUAUGUCCUGUUGAUGAAGUUAGGUGCUGUUCUGAGCAUUAUUUGUGACUAUAGAGUGGCGUUUUAGUUGAGGUUUGUUUAUGGCUCCUCAGACCGCUGUGUAUUGCUAUCGUGCGGUCGUUGCUAAAGUUGGUAUAACUAGAGAAGCAAGCGGUCGGCAACAUUCAUCUCUCAAGGGGGUGUCUAACUCGGUGUUAUGGUCUGUUUGACCCUAAACUAAUUUUACGCCGGAAUAUCCCUUUAAUAGAUAAUCCAUUGACUUGUAAAGCCAAACCAGUAAAUACUCAAUCAUGACCCGUGGUGGUCUGAUAAUCUGCUCUGACAAGUAAUAUCUGUCGAAUUCUCAACAAAAGCCACUCUAGUGAGGUUAAAGAUGUUUUUAAAACCUGCAGACUCUCCCAGUCCUGGUCCCUCCAACUCUCCCCGCCAAGAGCCAACCAGAAGCCCAGCAGGGACUGCCACGCCCACUAAGUGUAAGCGGCCAAUGAACGCCUUCAUGCUAUUUGCCAAGAAGUUUAGGGUGGAGUACACGCAGAUGUACCCGGGGAAAGACAACAGGUAAGUGUGCCUCCACAAGUGUUGGUAAUAUAUGUAGUGUUUGUGAUGUUUGUGGUGUAAAAUAAUGUGUGUGUUUUUGUGUUUGUGUUUUAGAGCAAUCAGCGUCCUCCUCGGUGAGCGAUGGAAGAAAAUGCGAAGCGAGGAGCGCAAAGCGUUCACCUUACAGGCCAAAGCUCUGGCAGAUGAGCAGAAGAGACUGAACCCAGACUGCUGGAAACGCAAGAGAACCACCUCUGUACGGACACACACACACUCACACACACACUCACUCACACACACUUAAAAUCCUGCACACAACCUAAUCUGACACCCGUGGUUUUUCCUGCUGCCUAAUCCUUCCUCUGUGUUCACAGGGCUGUCAGGGGAAUUAAGGCUGCAGACGAGAACCGAGCCUGCAGGAGCAAAGAGAAAAGCAUAACAGAUGAGCAGCAAUAAGACAAAGGUGCAUUUAUAACCUCAUAUUCUGCUUAAUUUUUAUAACUCUGUGAACACGAGAAGUGCCUGGAUCUGCAGGAGGCGUCAGCGACGGGGUCUCCUCCCUGAAGACAUCCGGAGCUGCUCCUCCAAACUGUCACUUCUCCUUUUUUGUAGCUUUCCAAAGGUGCUAAAUGUUACAUUUGAAAAAAAGAGGUUGAAAUCAUGAUUUUCUACAGUAAUAAUAACUUAAUCUUUAUAUCGACACAGACCACAGUUUUAGCUCCUUUCAGAGUUUUUUUUUUUUUUUAAACCAAACUGCGUUCAUCCAUGACAGGAGCUCACCUGCUCGAGUGAUUUGACGAGAUGCGACGUAAACAGAAAGAGACUCUGAGGGUUUUCAGUCUCUCACUUUAUGCUUGAAACAGGUGGAGGUUGUGGUGCUGUAGCUUUUUAGUCAAAAGUAGAUAAUGUAGCUAUUUUUCCAAAUCUUAUAUAUAUAAAUAUAUAUUCAACAUAUUGUUUUUGCCUGUAUUACUUGCAUUUGCACAGUGUAUUGCACAAGACAAAAAAUAUAACUUUUGCUUUUAUGUAAUUCAUCAUUCAACAUCUAGUUUUGUAACUAAUUUACAUGUUAAAUUCACACACAAAAAAAAGAUUUAUGGUUUUAUUUUGUCCUUUUCAAAAAGCAAACGGACGGAGCUCCAUUAUCCUACAGAGGACGUUAAUUUUAAAAAAGGGAGAAAUGUGACAUUUCCCUGUAAGGGGUUUCUCCCUUUUAUCUUCUAUUAGAGGAUUUACGGUAAUAAACUUCUAGAUAGAAAUUCACAUGGUACAGUAUGUUAUAAUUGAGGCUGCAGAAAAAAAAAAAAACUGUCAAAAUUAAUGUAAUGUAAUAACUUUGAAUUUAAAUGUGCCAUACGUUUUAAGGUUUUUAUCUUUGUUUUAUUAACAAAACAUCAGUAAGAAUGUUCCACACAACUUCACCAACAGAGAGAUAAUUACAAAGGCUGUGUCUGAAAUGGAUCCCUAACCCCUAUAUAGGUGACUCUAUGGGGGUUAGCGCCAUUUUUAGGGGUGUCUGAAAUCUCAGUAAUCAAUUCCAAUGCCCAAUAUAGGCGACUCAAAGUUUCCCAUAAAGCAUUGCAAAAUGUAGUGACCAUCCAAUGGUCACUCACCGGUGGUGGACAUCCCGUCAUGCAUUGCAUCUUGCCAUGUAGUGUCCAAAACCUCAGGUGAUUGAGCUCAUUACAUAGUCAACUAUAUAGUAAAAUCCCAUAUGGGGGUUAGGGAUUAAGUGAUUCAUUUCGGACACAGCCAAUAUUAGAAGACGUCUUGUUCCCUCAAAGUUUUGGACCCUGUUUAAAGCUCCUGUAAGGAUUUUUUUUACGUGUUUAAAUUCAGCUGAAAUUCACAUUGACGCCUUGUACACCGGGAACGGCACAAAUACACAAUGCGAAAUGAGGUGGAAGUGAGAAGACUAACACACAAACCAUCGUCAUAUGAGAAAUCCGACGCUAUGACUCUCCACAAGUUGUCCUUCAGGUCGUUAUCUUUAUAAUGUUUGUCUUUUAUCUAAAAGCACUCUGUUUUCUGACACGUAAACAAUCAGCCGGUCAAACAUGUUGGAUAUACCAGUGAAUCAGACAUCACAACAACACGAAAUCUGAUUGGUCAGAAGUGGACACACAGUAUGUGAAACUUUAGAAAAAUCGUCCGUGAUCCGAAAAAAUAAAUGUCGCAAUAUCGCAGGACGGGAAAACGUUGCUGAUGUGAACACUGGUAUUGACAGGAUAUGGGUUCGAAAAAGAAAAUAUUGACGUCAAAAAUAAUUGCACGAUAAAAAUGGUCUCCGUGUGAAAGGACCUUUAGACUGGGGCUUUAGACUGAUAAUCAAAAGCUCGCAGGAUGAGGACAAAAUUAGCGAAGACUGUUUUGUCCACAGGGGGCGCCAGCUGAAAUUUCCACACAGGAGCUUUAAAAUCCUUUAGUAACAGAACCAUCUUCUUUUUAUUCACAAAUUAUUAACCAUACCGUAAAGAUACAAACCCGGGACACACAAGAUCUGCAGUGACUUCCCGUGUUUGUGUCUUGAAUUCUGGGUGUUAGAUGUGAUGUGGAUCCCAGCUGAGUCAUGUAAAUGCUUCAUAGAUACAGUCAGAGCCGUGCUGAGUGUGAAAGCCGGGUGUUGAUCUGCUUUAGAGUUUAAGUGCCUUUAAAAAUUAGGAGUGAGAUUAAGAAAAAUAAAGCUAACACCCUCCCAGGUUGGGCGCUCAUUUUCUCAUUGCAUAAUGAGGUUUGUUCUUAAUGCACUAUAUACACUUUAUCGUAUGUGACUGCUACAGUAAAAUGUGUAAUGGCAAUUAUUAUAAAGAUAAUAAAGAAAUAUAUAUUUUUGGUUUUGACUUAAUCUGUGUUAGUGUUUAUUUAAUGUUUGUUUAUCUCUAAUGUCAUGUACAGGUCUAUCAGGGGAGACUUUGCAAUAUAAUGUGUUUAAGUGUAAAUAAAAGCAUGAUAACGUCUUUCA